AUGAACUGCAGUCCCAACAACUGCGUCGUCCACCUACACUCCGCCGCCGGCAAAGACUGGUUUCUCCGCCGCCUGUACCCUUUCAGGCGUCAUGUCUCACCCGACGGCACUCGCUACUACGUGAUGACCCAAGCGGAUAACAAGCAAAAGCUCCUUACUCCUGCCCAAGUCAGUACCGUGCAUUUCAAAGAAAAGAAAGCCGACAUGGAAAGCAACACCGGCUGCCGAGUCGAUAAUAUCCUUUUCAUCCUCCCCGCCAGCAGCAACAGCCCCCAGUAUCAAUCACAAGUCUCUGACGCCGCCGCCGCUGCCGGAGCUCACGUUCUGCUUUUCAUCGAAAGACCGGUUCUUGCCGCCGCCUAUUACAACUCUCUCAGUCCCGAACCAAAAACCGUCCUCGUAUUCGAACUCGAUGGUCGCAUUCUUGAAAUCUCUCUGAUCAACGUAGAUUUAGAUCUAAUUGUAAAGGCCGCCGUUUCCGACUUGGGCUGCCCACUUUUCCACGUCCUGCUUACAGAGCUUUCUUCGAAGCUCGAGUUCGACUUCACCAGCGACGUGAAGGCUCUCAUUGACAUCCGAAUGAAAUGCGAGCGCGCCAAGAAUGUCCUCUGUAUGGGCUCGGAUUCCGUGGAGCUUAAGUUUGAGCGACAAGGCAGGGAGGUGAUAGGAACGCUCAGUCGUGGAUCGUUGGUGGAGAUGAAUCUCAACCUUCUGCGCAGCGGAAUCAUGAGGUGCUUAAUGGAUGCCAGAGUCGAGAAAGAAGCCGUGGAUGAGGUCGUGCUCGCCGGAGCUUCCACUAACAUACCGGAGGUCCGACAAGUUCUUCGAGAGUUCUUUCACUGGCAGCCGUUCAGAUGUGAAACAGACCCUGCAAAUGUUAUCCAGUUGAGCGCUCUUGAAUACGUAAGAAUCCUCUCCGAUUUGACUGAUCUCCGUGUGGUAGGCAUUCACAUCGCAGACUUGGGGGUGUUCUCUGUUUGA